GAUGCCAAGCGGCUGAUUGGGCGUCGGUUCGACGACCCCGUGGUGCAAGAGGAUAUGAAGCAAUGGCCUUUCAAAGUAGUGAGAGAACAAGGCGGAAGGCCCAGAAUCGAAGUAACGUUUAAGGGAGAAACUAAGAGUUUCUUUCCUGAAGAAGUGAGUGCAAUGGUGUUGUCCACGGUCAAGCGUAUAGCCGAGUCAUACCUUGGAGCGACGGUGCGCAACGCCGUGGUCACCGUGCCAGCUUACUUCAACGAUUCCCAGCGCCAGGCCACCAAGGACGCCGGCUUCAUAGCAGGCCUCAAUGUCCUGCGUAUCAUUAACGAACCAUCAGCUGCUGUUCUUGCUUACGGGCUGGACAAAACCGAUGUUGAUGAAGAACGAAAUGUGCUAAUUUUCGAUUUGGGAGGCGGAACUUUUGAUGUCUCUGUACUAACUAUAGAGGAAGGCAUCUAUGACGUCAGAGCUACCGCUGGCGAGACUCAUUUGGGCGGUAAAGAUUUCGACGCUCGUAUGGUGGAGCGUUGCGUAAUUGAGUUUGAUAGGAAGCAUGGCAUAGAUUUGCGGAAAGACAAAAGGGCCCAAACUAGAAUUAAGAACCAAUGUGAGCGGGCCAAGCGGACUCUGUCCACAGCAAUGGAAGCAAGUGUCGACAUUCUUGGAUUGCAUGAAGGUAAAGAUUUGCACAUAAAUUUCACUCGGGCCCAAUUUGAAGAGCUGAACAGGGACCUGUUUGAGAAGACUUUGGCACCUAUGGAGAAAGCAUUGCGCGAUGCCGAAAUAGACAAGGCGAAUAUCAACGAUGUCAUUCUUGUGGGUGGUUCGACCAGGAUUCCGUACAUCCAAAAACUGGUGUUGAACUUCUUUGAGGAUAAGGAGUUGAACAAGAGUGUGAAUCCUGACGAGGCUAUUGCGUACGGAGCGGCUGUGCAGGCGGCGAUUCUGGACGGAGAUCCUUCGGAAGUUAUCAUGGAUUUGGUGCUUGUGGACGUAACACCUCUGUCGCUUGGAGUUAGCACUCUAGGAAAUGUAAUGACUAAGUUGAUAGAGCGGAAUACUACUAUACCUGCAAGGGCAACGCAGACUUUCUCCACUGCAGUGGACAACCAAAAGCAGGUUCUCAUUCAAGUUUUCGAAGGCGAACGCAUAAUGACGCGCGAGAACAAUCUUCUGGGUAAAUUUAAACUUACCCGUAUCCCGCGAGCCAAGAAAGGGGUUCCACAAAUAGAAGUCACUUUCGUAAUUGACGAAAACGGAAUACUCAACGUGUCAGCUGUCGAUCGUAGAACGAAGAAAUCUAGACAGAUCACCAUAAAAAAUGACAAAGGCAGACUUUCGAAGCACCAGAUCGACAGAAUGGUGCAAGAAGCUGAAAUGUUCAAAAAGGAAGAGGAACAAAUGAAAAUUUCUGCUGAAGCGAGAAACACACUCCAGUACUUUUGCUACAGCAUGCGGUCGAAGGCCCAGAACAAAAAUUUGCAAAUACAAGUGCACAUAAAGCAAGCAGUUUUGGACAAAUGUGAAGAGAUACUCAGUUGGCUCGAGGUCAACCACCAGGCAUCAGUCAAAGAUCUGAACUGUAAACUGAUCCAGCUCAAACGAAUUUGCCGGCCUAUUGAUAAAUUGUAAUCGAAAUGUCGACUUCCGAAAAUCUCGAAUAAACAAACUAGAGGAAAUGGUAUCAAACUGUUAACCAUUGUAACAAGUAUGGUAACUUCGAGAAUAAAUCGAAAAAAUGUGAAAAUUAGAGGUCAUUUCGUGAUUUUUAUCUAUCGAGGAAACUUUAUUGUUUUAUGUUUCUGAUUCAUGUCUAUGCUUG